AUGUCCCAGAAUGCCGCCUCUUUGGCAAACCUUCCCGCUGAACUUUAUGCGUCCAUCCUUGACUUCGUGCCAACUUUAGAGCUUCAAUAUGCUGCCCUCUCUCUUCGCCGAGCGCUCCCCCACGCCCCUAUUCCGGAGCAGCCUAUGUUCUAUCACGUACGGCUCAUCAGUGGACUUAGACUGGCUCAGUUUGCGAGCCGGACUCGGGAAAGGAAGGAUCUCGCCGCGCUGGUCAGGACAUUCUUACUAGAGGCCUGGAGCGCCGAUGCAAAUGUCGUUAUCAAGCUCAUUCGCCAGCUCCCUAACGUCACUCGUCUGAGUUUGUGCAUCGGGCCAGACUUCGCUCCAGAGCGCCUAGAAGAGCUGUUUUCAAAACCGAUCCGCGGUCUCAAGUUCAUAUUCCUUCGGUUUAGACCAUACGUGAAAAAGGCCAAUUAUUACCAGUCUCUGAAGGGUGCUUACUUCGACUCAACCCUGGAUGCUUUCGCUAAUUGGGACGAAAGCGAGUUGCCUAGCGUCUCCAUUAUUCAAGACCCCCUCGACCCCCAAUCCGCGCGGAGGAAUAAUUUCGCACAACCACUUGUUUUUUUCCGCCUCGACUCUUUCAAGGGCUUGCACAGCUCCCGUUUAUUCAAACAUGUGCGGAACUACCGCCUUCGCAUUCCUGCGCGGGGGGUAGGUCCUGUUAUGCACAGACACCCUGGCGCACUUCCCAGCAUCGAUCUCCUUGACCUUUCGACUUGUAAUAUCACGUCCUUAGAUCUGGAAGAGCUGCUAGGACGUUUUACUGGCCUCAGGCAUCUCCUCUUAGAUAACUGCCCCCUCACGUUGGGAGAGCCCUUGGAUGGUCAGUGGCGUGCCCUUGGAAGGAGCUGCGCGAUGGCGGGCAUCAAGCAGGCGAAAGAGCGGGAGAAAAAGCUGAAGGCGUGGCUUGAGGCUGAACGUGCUGCGGCGUUGCAGCUUCAAGCCGCAUUACUAGCUGGAGACAGCGACGCCCCAGGCCCUGUCGCUCUCAAUACUCCUCGAGCUCGCCGUGGACGACGUGGGUUGGCCACCGCGACGAUAUCCAUCCGAGACCGCCCUUCUACCGCUCCGCCACCUCGAGCGACCCUUCCGCGGGGCGAGGGACACCCUUCCGUACCUCCCAUCCCCAAAGUGCGGAUAUUUUCCUCACUCCCUGCCCUGCGCAAUUUGACGUUAACGACUGCUUCGACGGUCACGCCUGCCCGCCAUGCGCAGCUGCGCUUCGAAUUCGAGAACGGGUGGCAGGAAGGGCUUUUGGUGGUUUCUGACCAUCGGCGGCGGCUGAGGACGUCAUGGACGAACAAGGUGGCACGCAUCAUGCGUAUUUCGGAUGCGGACAACGGCUCGGGUGAGACAGGGUAUGAUGGGUUAGUGGAUGUUGGGGUGGACGGUAUGUUUGUGGCCAGCGAAGCCAUGGACGAGGGGCGGUGCCCAUCGCUGUGUUUGGCGGGGCCUGGGGAGAGAGACGGGUUCGCACAUGUGGACGAUUGUGCGCACCAGGUCGCGUCUGAGGUUUGGGAGGACACACUAUAG